GUGAUGAAGUUUGCGGCCCAUUUGAACGACCAUUUAACACCAGAGUGGAGAACUCAGUACGUGGCUUAUGAGGAUUUAAAAGACAUGCUUUAUGAGGCUCAAGAAAAUGCGCCCCCUAGUGACAUAUCAGAUGAAGAGACUCUGAAAAAAUACUACGCCAAAUUUGAUCAGAAGUUUUUCUCCAAAUGUGAACAGGAGCUGAACAAAAUCAACAUGUUUUUUGCCGAAAAAUUAGCGGAAGCGCAUCGGAAAUCGGCAGCGCUUCAUAUUGAACUAAGACUGGCGAAAAAUCACAGGGAAAUCACGAGUGAAAAGACAUCACGUAUCAGUACGAAACUACAGCCAGCUAAAUCGAAAGAUACUCGGCCGAAAAUAUCCGAUUUAAAAGUAGCCUAUAGUGAGUUGUAUCUAAGUCUAAUUUUACUGCAAAACUACCAGUCGUUGAAUUUUACUGGCUUUCGUAAAAUCCUUAAGAAACAUGACAAAAUUUGCGAGACCCAAAGCGGCGCUGAGUUUCGACUUAAUGAAGUUGAAACCGCUCCGUUCAGUACAAAUAAACAAAUUGAACGGCUGAUUCGAGAUUGCGAAGAAACUUAUAUUGUUGAGUUAGAGGGCGGGGAUCGAACUCGCGCAAUGAAAAGAUUAAGAGUGCCUCCUCUAACCGAAAAACAAGUUCCUGAAAAGUUUUUCUUUGUUGGUUUAUUUCUUGGCACCUUCAUUACAUUAUCCAUUGCGAUUAUCUUGUCAUCAAACUAUCUUACUCGCUGGUUCGACCAAGGGUACAUUGAGGCAUAUAUUACAAUUUACAGAGGAUUGUUUUUAGUUGUUUUGUUCGUUGGACUUCUGGGGGCGAAUCUGUAUGGGUGGAGUAAAUAUGGCGUCAAUCACGUGUUAAUCUUUGGGCUGGAUCCUAGAAGUCACAUCACGUUUGAGGAUCUUCUUGAAGUAUCGUUCGUUCUCGGAACUCUGUGGUGUUGUAGUGUUUUGAUAUUAUUGUUUUCGCCCAUUAUUGGAAUCAAAGCUUACAUAAGUCCUUUCGUUUGUGUCUGUUUAUUUGUGUUGAUUUUAUUUUUUCCAGUGCCUAUAUUUAAAAAAUCGGCUCGAUUUUGGCUGCUCAAGUACCUUUUUCGAGUCAUAACAGCUCCUUAUUUCUUUGUCACUUUCCCGGACUUUUGGCUCGCAGAUCAAUUGAACAGUUUACGGAAAGUGAUUCUCGAUUUUGAAUACUUUGUUUGUUUUUACGCAUUUGAGCUUGAUUGGAAAAGUGACGGUUAUUCGGAUGGUUACGAAAAUCACGUGUGCAAUUCUGACUCGUACGGGUUGCGGACAGUGCUUAGUAUGUUGCCAGCCUGGUUUCGGUUCGCUCAGUGUCUUAGAAGGUACCAGUCGACUAAGAAGUGUUUUCCUCAUAUAGUUAAUUCGGGUAAAUAUGCAGUGCGACUAGUUUAUAUCGGUCUAUAUACUGGAGUUAAACUUUACUACGAUCAGUUCGGCCAUCAUAGUAUAGCAUGGAUGUCUGCUUACGUUUUUGCAAGGCUCACUUCGACUGUUUAUUCGUUGUAUUGGGAUCUGAAAAUGGACUGGGGCCUUUUUUCUUGUUCGAACAAAGACGCCCCUUGCCUUCGAGAAGAAAUGGUCUACCCUAAACGUUCAUUUUAUUACUUUGGUAUCAUUACGAACUUCACUAUCAGGUUCAUGUGGGUAACUCAAGUAGUAAACAUGCUCUUGCCUUUCGUUAAUUCGCUGUAUUUAAGCACAUUUUACGCUAUAUUUGUCGUUUUUCGUCGAUUUAUCUGGAAUUAUUUUCGACUGGAGAACGAGCAUUUGAACAAUUGCGGUCAGUUCCGAGCGACUAGAGACAUAAGCAUUGCGCCUAUGGAAGAAGACCACCAAACACUUCUCUGUUCGAUGAUGGACGACCCUGAAAUAGUUAUAAACAAGCGCACGCCUGUGUACAGCAAAAGUAGAGAAGCUCUGCCGACAAGUUCACUUCGUUUCAAUGGACUGAAAAGACGAGUUGAUAAAAAUAAGUCUGCUUCGAGAUCAAACAUGAUUAGUGACGAUACUGCGCAAUCCCAAGUAUAGCGUUGCGAGUGAACCCUUGAAAUGGAUGAAAAGCUGAAAGGAAUGAAAGUUAAACGAAACGAUUCGAAUUUUUGAAAAAGUUGGGUCAAAACUAAUAAGCGAUCAAUUGAAAGGAAAUGCAAUCGUGCAGUGGUGCAAGAAAUCUUGGGAUAUACGCUGAAUUUUCUGAAGUGAUGGGAUAUUUAGACUUGCGAAGCAAAGUGUUAUAGGACGAGCUCUCUUUUUUUCCAACCUAAGUGGCAAAUAUUGUUGCGACUUUUGCUGCGACUAAGUCGCAAAUAUUGCUGCGACUUAAAGCAAGAAUAUUUGCUGCAUUGAAUUGGCAAUAACAAUUGAUUGGAAGUUUGUUGCACCUUUACAGCUGAUUGAUAACAUGUGCUUUGACAUUUGAAUAGUUAUAAGUUUACGCAGUUGAUGCAUUUUUAAUUCAUCUAGUGAACCGA